UAUCUUCUUCCAACCCUCAAAUCCACGGAUUCCCUCCAUUAACCCAACACCCUUCCCCUUCCCCUUCCCCUUCCCCAUGAAGGCUUUCACUCUCUUCGGAACUUCCGACACCCUCUCCCUCUUCGGUGUUGCUGCUCUUGCCUCCUCCUCCUCCCCCUCCCCCUCCAUCUCCAUCUCUAUCUCCUCCCGUUCUUAUGCAUUCAGGAACCAACGUUCUUUCCCUCAGAGGCUUUUCUUCUGUCGAGCAGAGAAUGCAGACGGGUCGGUGAGCUUAGUAAAUGUGCCUCCAAAUCUAUUACUAGCAGAAAGAGAAGAAGCUAAGGCUGUAUUGAACUUGUUUUUGAGGAAACAAGGCAUGUCCCGUGUAAAUGCAAUCAGAAAGAUCAAACAGCUGGACCUAUUCAUCGAUCACCUUAUUUCAAGACUUCACACUGUUUAUAAAACCCGAUAUCUAGUAGGACGAGAGCUUACGACUCUUGAAAUCAGAGAUGCUCUCAUUCCUUACCUAGAUGAACUCCUUGAGGAACAUGGGGACAAUUUGGUAGAUGCCCUAGAAUACUUUCCCAUCCCUAUAGUGAAAGAGAAAUCAGAGGAAAUCGAUCAAAAUCCACCUGCUGAUAUUAUUGAACCUUCAACUACACAUGCUUCGUCCCUAUCCAGUGCUAACUCUAAGAAGCUGACAGCCAUGGCACGAGUAAGCGAUAUCGGUGAAACACCAAAUCUCCCUCCACAUGUAGUAUAUCUUGAAGAUCUCGGGAUGGAUCUCGAGGUUAUUAAGGAAGUGAUUCGAAAGUUCCCUGCCUUUGCUUACUACAGUUUGGAAGGCAAAAUCAAACCAGUGGUGGAGUUCCUUGUUGACCUUGGUAUAGCAAAGUCGGAUAUCCCUGUAAUUAUCAGCAAACGACCUCAAUUAUGUGGUAUUAGUCUAACCGAGAAUCUGAUCCCAACCAUGGCAUUUUUAGAAGACUUGGGGGUGGACAAGAAAAAAUGGGCAAAGGUUAUCUAUCGUUUUCCUGCCCUUCUGACUUAUAGCAGAUCGAAGUUACAAGCAACCGUGGACUUCCUUUACGAAAUGGGGCUUUCUUCUGAAGAGGUGGGGAAGGUUCUCACACGCUUCCCAUCGAUCAUAAGUUACAGCGUGGAGGAGAAGCUACGACCCACUGCUCAUUACUUUCAUUCGGUAGGAGUGAAUGGUGGUGUGCUUAUGUCACGAUGUCCACAGGCUUUUGGUCUUAACAUCGAGACGAGUUUGAAACCAGUGACGGAGUUUUUCAUGCAAAAAGGAUACCAUAUGGCUGAUGUGGCGGUAAUGGCUUCCAGAUACGGGGCUCUAUAUACAUUUAGCGUGGCGGAGAACUUGGUUCCGAAAUGGGAAUACUUCCUGACGAUGGGUUAUCCGAAAAGCGAGCUGGUGAAGUUUCCUCAGUAUUUUGGGUACAGUUUGGAGGAGAGGAUCAAACGUCGGCAUGAAAUUGUGAAAGAGAGUGGGGUGAGGUUGCUUUUAAACCAGGUGCUAUCUCUUUCGGAUGAAGACUUUGACAGGGUUCUAAAGCGAAAAGUGAAGAAAAAGAACGCGUGUGCCUGAGACUGAGAGGGUUUAUUUGGACAGAAUGAAUUGAAUAUUUAAUUAAAGCCGAUGAAGGGGUGUAGCUAUUCUGUUUCUGUGAUAUAUAUAUAUCUGAUUUUGGAAGGGGCCAAAUACUUUUGAGUUUUGUGAUCAAUUGUAUUUGAAGUGUUACUUAAUU